AGGCGGGCUCGCAUGAUGACGACACAGCUUCCCUGUACAGUACUGAGUGCGAUUGAGCGGUCGGACGACACGAAGGGCGCAUGCAUCAUGUUAACUUCCUUGGUUAGUGGCGCCGUGGUGUUUCCUGGCCUCUUCUACGGGCUGGGAAAAAUACUCAAGUUCAAGUUCAGACACUGGGACGACGCAGACGUAGUGACCGUCAGUGAAAGGCUUGUUUCUGCCAUCCACGCUAGCAUUUCGACUGCAACUGGAAUCACAGUAGUGUCAUCUUGCAAGAAUGUCAUGACUGACAGUCACUGGCUGGUCAAUGAGUUUAUAUUGUUUGGCUCGUCCUAUAUGACCACUGACCUCUUAGCCAUGUACCUGAGCCACUACCAUAUUCAGAGGCUCAGAACUCAGACCAGCCUGUACAACCGCCACUCUCAGCGAACAAUCAAGGGUUUCCUCUCCAAGGACUGGUUGCUUGUCCUCCAUCACUUGGUACUGGUUCUGGUUUUCCUGCCUAUCGCUUUGUUUCUCAGAAGAGGAUUAGGCGAUUUUUUCAUUGGGUGCUUUUUCAUCACAGAAUUCAGCACACCUUUUCUCUGUUUCGGAAAGAUCCUCAUCCAGCUGGGCCUUGACAACACCGGGCUGCACGCAAUCAAUGGCGUGUUAGUCCUCUUGACGUUCUUCAUAUGUCGGAUCUUGAUCUUUCCCUUCAUGUACUGGAUGUACGGGCGGCAAGUUGACCUUCCACUGCACAAAGUAGCCUUCCAUCUGCCUUGGCACUGCAAUGUGGGCAACCUGACCAUCCUCAUACCACAGAUCUACUGGUUUUACCUCCUGCUGAAGAAAGCCAAGCGACUCUACAAUAAACAUAGGAAAUUAAAUUAACUCAAAACAGACCGCCCUUUUAACAUAGAGUUGUUUGAGACGCACAAGGUGGUGUAAGUGCAGCUAUUCUU